UUUAUUGCCCAAAGGGGUCUCCGAGACUCCGACUUCAACUUCCGGGUGACCGAUUAGUGGGAGUGGAAGGAAGCAGAAAGAAGGCAGCGUCGUGUCUGGCUGCGGUAGUGAAGAAGGCAUUCAGUGAGCGUGUGACGCACAGUAGCCGUCCCUUUGUGUCAGGACGACUGAGCAGGACCCAGAGCCCCAUCACGGUGCCUCCACCUCACUAACUGAUACUGAAGAGUGACAGCAUCCAGAGGAUCCUUGGACUUGUGAACAAGAUCAUUCAGCUGCUGACUGGAGAGGUGGGGGAGUAUAUAGAAGGAGUCUGAGGUCAGUACAAGGACAUGAUGGAGAAUCACCAGACAAUCACACCUCUGGAUGGACCCAAUAACAGAGAUUCCCCAGAGAGAUGUCCCCGUCCUCUGUAUACACAGGACAGUACAGAGGAGAAUCACAGGACCCCACAGGAGGAUCAGGGUGAAGGUCUGGCGGAUAUGAAGGUAGAAGAGGAGACAUAUGUGAGAGGUGAUCAGCAGUGUAAGGAGGAGGAAAUCCCUACAGAUAUCAGCACAGAUAUGUCUUCAGAUGAACGCAUAUUCUGGACUGGAUUUAUCGUCCUCUAUCGCCAGUAUGAGUGCCUGUGGCAUGUAAAAAGUGCGACCUAUGCCAACAGGGCACUGAGGAAUCUGGCAUAUGACCAGCUGAUCAGAUACAGUAGAGCCCGGAACAGUGCUGCGGACCUAAAUUGGGUAAAGAAGAUGAUCGCAAAUUUCCGAACCGUGUUCUUGAAGGAGCACAAGAAGAUGGUGGAAUCGCAACGAACGGGAGCCGGGACGGAUGAGGUCUACAAGCCAACGUUGUGGUUUUAUGACCUCAUGAAGUUCACCUUGAAACAAGAGCCAAAGAAAAGGUCGCAUAGUAGUCUGGAUCCAGAGUCUCCCAUUCUCAUUGAAGAGGAAGCAUCUGACAGUCUGGACCUGGACCCCGUGGAUUCAGCAACACCACAGCCACGUCCUCCAAAACAGCGGAGGACGACCAGGAGGGCCACUUAUGUCCCGUCCAGCUCACAGCAGUUUUUUCAACGCGCCGAGGAGGUUCUUCUUAGGCCCCCGGACGUUGAUCAAGCAUUUGGCAACUAUAUAGCGGCGGAGAUGAGACUGAUGACAGAUGAUCAAAAGUGGAUCUUCAAGCGUUUGGUACUUGAUAUUACCUUUCGUGCCAAAGGCCAAUCGCUUGUCAAUGAGUGUGAGAUAUUGCCACCUGCCAGACGCUAUCUCACAAAUGUGCCCACACCCACCUUCCCACACCGCCAGCCCAUACAGUAUGCGCCGGGAAACCCUCCUCAAUAAACAAGCUGUUUACCGCCGGGACCCACACAGCCCACCUCCUCCUCCCAGUCCACCACGUCGUCCAGUGGCAUGUACUCUGACAUGCCGAGUACGCAGCCCUCUGUACUGGACAAUCCGCUUUUUUUAAAUUCAUAAUUUAGUUUUUUCACCUCGGUUUUUUAGUUGUGUUGAAAAAACUGUUGUUGACCUUAUUCUAGUUUCUUGCUUCAAGUACUGCAGCGUUGGUUUCGUGACCUGAUUGUCCCGGAUUUCUGAUUUGUUGUGAUCUAUUCAUUUCUUGUGUUCCUUCUAAAGACACUGGAAAUAUGCACUUUUUCUUCUUUUCCCAAUGUAUGGUGGCAGCACUGUAUUUGGCUCUACUGUGUCUCUUUUUCUGUGGGAUAUGCCUGAUUCCUCUAAUGUUACUGUUGGCAUAGUCCUUGCAAAAGAGGCACUUGUUCUCGUGAUAGUUAAUGAAUCCAGUGCAGAAUUGGCGUUGUCAUUUGUCCAAUUUUGACAUUCAUAAAGUUUGUGGGGGUUUUUUUUUCUUAAA